AGAAAGAGAGAGAGGAGGAGGAGGAUGGGAAACAAGGGUAGAGAGGGAAACAGGAACAGAAAGUGAAGACAUGUCAAGAUGUCUGAGUGAGGGGGACCAGAACAGAGCAGAAGCCAGAUACCAAAACAGAAACAACAGAAGUUUGAGCAGCUGACUGGAUUAGACAGGAGGGGAGAGCUGACCUGCCACUUCACAAGUGCCUGCGGGACACACCCAAAUUAAACCACCUCUCUACAACUGGAUUAAACUACACCGAAAGCCAAAGGGCAAGAGGACAAGAGAAGACAAAGAGCAAGAAAACUGUCAGUGGAAUGCCAAGCAGCAUAAAUAAUCUUGGCUGAAGAUUUUGGCUUUUUCCUCCUGCAUCAAGAUCAGAAUCAUCGCAAACUAGGCGAUUUCAAAGAAAACUUUUGUUAUAAACAAAUGAGCUUUUGGUCUUUUGGAUUUGUUUUAAAAAUGCUUUGGCUUUGUAACCACCUCAUAGGACACUUGAAGGAAGGAGACAUACAUGAAGUCACCCUCCAUGCUUCCUGUAUUUCCAUUUAAUGUGAACAACACAAGCCUGAGCACAUACACAAGCCUCAUAGGUAGAUAGUGCUGUGUUUCUGGGCAACUAUCUAAACUCUGAUCAUUGUAAGUAGAAAACAGGAGUAUAUGAAAGUUCAAUUUCAGGUCGUCAAAAAUAUCAGACCUGACGGCUGUUGGACUGUUAGAUGUUUGAUGUUUCAUUGAGAGUAAAACUUCAUAUCUUACAACUUUAGAGCUGGAACCAGAUUAUGUAAAAGGACUUUUGUUUUAAAUUAACACCAUAUCUUAAUUGUUUUGGUGUCUCCAGCAGCCUAAUACGCACAUUUACUGACUUACAAACUUCACAACCCUCUAAAGGAUUUAUUAAAACUUUAUAACUGCCAGACAGACUUAAUUAAAAGAAGGCACAGCUCCGUCUCCGAAAGCCAUGGAUGGGAAAACAGACAGCAUUCAGGAUUUUUUUAACCAACUUUGGAGUUUGGCUACAGAUAAACACAACCAGGGGGUCUACAACACAGUCUGCCUGGCGGUCCUCCUAACUCUUCCUCUACUGGUCCUCCUCACUACUUUGGUGGUGUGCUGCCACUGCUGCUGCUGUCGCCAUGCCGACAGCUGCUGUUGCUGCUGCUGCGGAGACGCCAGGGCAACGCCAAGGUCAGAAACAAAGAAGAAAAAGAAUUCGGUCAAUACCGAAGACUUGUGGAUCUCUGUCAAGACGGGGCCGAUGACACCUGACAGGGUCGCCCUGGCCAUGGAGUAGGAAUCCAUUUUUAAGUUUGAGAUUGCUGAUCCUGAGCCAGUUGGUGCAGUGGAGCUGAUGGAGCGUUGAUUUGAUUGAAAUAUGUAAACAGUGUAUAGAUUCUGGCAUUUUGUAUUCAUAUGAUGUUGUAUGUGGACAAUGUUUACAACAUUUUGUAUAGGCCUUUUAGUGCGUGGUACAUAAAGGAAAAAUAUGCUUGACAGAGACAUAUACAUAGCUGCAAGUGUGUGUUAGUGUGUGUGUGUGCGUGUGUGUGUGUGAGUAGGUUAGACAGAGGUUGAGUAGGUUAGACAGAGUGUGUGUGGGAGAGAGAGAGAGGUACAGUGUUAUUGAGAGCACUUUGUUCUUAGAGCUCCCAUGUGAAAUUCAUUGCGUCUGUAUUUGGGAGAGAGAGACAAUUUAAGGUCUGCCCAGUGUUCAGAUGGCUGUAAUACUGCCUACUUUUCACAUUCUGAGACCGAUGAUUGACUCUCACUUUCUAAAGUGAAAGCCACUGGCGUCCAAAAAGUUUAACUCACCGGAUGCAGAAAUAAAACUAUAACUUACUUCAUUUAGAUUUUAUAUAAUAUGAUACAGUGUAGGCCACAGAGAGAGACACUUCGCCUAGUUAUUCAGGUCAAGUGAGCCUUAAAUGCACAAUUCAUAAUCCAAAUGUAUUGAAAACCAGCUAAAAGCAAAAAACGAAUCUGUUGAUUCACAGAUCUUUAAAUGCACCGAUUAACACCAGACAACAACCGUAUCGAAGUCAGUAAUGUUUUUUUGGCUGUAUUUAUUGGAUUUAAGUGAAAAAAGUAUAAAUUCUUCACAAAAAUUUCUUAAGACUUAAAAAUGUUCUUAAAUUUAAGAGAGCUCCAGAGGUCUUUUAAGUUGGUUGAGAGUAGAUCCUAGAUGACUGCAGCACAGAAACAGAGAUGAGCACACACUUUUUGAGAGCGAAUAUACAAAAUAUAAUUGGUCAUUAUGAGCCCACUAGCUGAAGCAAUAUGUAUAAUUCAGAGUAGGAUAGUUUUAGCCUGCUAUUUGCUUUUGAUUUGAGCAUUUCAUAGCAUGUUACACCACUUUUUUCUCUUUUCUUGCAUUUAUCAGGGCUGCAAAUUACACAAAUUAAGCUGCCACUAGCAGAAUUUCUUUCUUGCUCCAGUUUUCUUUUUGUCUCCAUUUCAGCAAAUUUCCUAGUAUUUCAUUCCUACAUAUUAUAAAAUAAGAAUGUUGUUGUUAAUUUCACAUGUUUAUUGUUACUAGAGAUAUUAAGGAUAAAAAUUAUAAUUACAUAUGUUUUUGCAAAAAAAAAAACAAAGCACUGAGUAAAAUGCAAAGAUUUCUUUAAACAAAGAAUGAACAAUGUGAUUAACCAGUCAAAAAGCUGCUCCUAAAGGUUAUUUGUACACUAAGUAGGGUAAAGGGAAAAGUGUCUUUUUGCUCACAUUCAGCAAAGAACUUUUUUACUCAUAAGUCGUCUUGAGUGUAAUUCUUAAAAGUUUAAUACGGGCUCAGGUUCGUUUACAUCAAUAAUGUUUGUAAAUACAUCAGAAUUUCAAUAACAUUCAUGUACACAAAGCAAUUUUGUUAUUCAACUUAACAUAUUUUUUAAAUAAUUAUGAAGAAGAGAAACCCUGAAAUAAUCAGAUGGUUUGGGCUUCAAGUAGAUUGUGCCUGAUGGCUCUUUUUUUUUUUAACUGUACGACAUCUCAAAGCCCAAUUAAGCAGAAGCGUCUCAGCAGUAUCAUCAUCUUUAUGCAUUAGCUUACGCUGGCACUAAGUUGAUCUUCUUGCUCAAGUGCUGCUGGGAAAACAGGCCCCACUCAUUUCAUUACUGCUCAGACAGAUACAUUCCCAUGUGGAAACUGGGGUUUGUCUCUUCUGCUUCAUGUUCAGAGAGAGAAACUGUACUUGUUGGGCUUAAUUUGAAAGCUUGCCCUGCAAAAUAAAAGCCUCAGUAGCAAUGAGCUUCAAUGUAUAAUCACUUACAAGUGCUAUCACCCAGACUGAGAGGUUUGCCAAGAAAUAACGUUAUCAACGCGUUCAGAGGUUGGCUGAACACAUCAUUGUGGUUUGUGUUUGUCAGAGAGAGAUUGUCAGUUCCUGUUCAUUAUUACCGACUGUGACAGGCUUUCUUAACAGCAUAAACAUAAUGAUAAAGAUGGGGAGUAGAUAAAAGAAAAUUAAGAUUAAAGGAGUAGUAGGAAAUAUACUAAUUUGCUUUCUUACCAAGAGUUAGAUGAGAAGCUUGAUACCGCUCUCAUGGUAAAUAUGUACCUGGAGCCAGCAGCUGGUUAGCUUAGCUCAGCACAAAGACUGGAAACAGGGGGAAACAGCUAGCCUGGCUCUAUCCAAAGCAAAAUAAUGAUUAAUAAUUAAUUUGUUAUAUCUUGUUUGUUUAAUCCGUACAAAAACCAAAGUGUAAAAAUGGAUUUAGAGGUAUCCUUAGGCGGAUUUGUUACCUUCAGACAGAGCUGAUCUUAUAGAAUAGUAGACUCUCUUUUGCUUUAAGUAUUCUAGUCAUUUCAUCAGAAUAAUUACAAGGACAAAUGCAGGCGGGCAUGAAAAGUAUGUGUUUCUGUUUCUACUGUUCUUCUGUUUCAGACUGAAUGCUAAUCAUUUUUUGAUCCCUCCCGGCUGCAUUCAGUUACCAGCUGACCAUGAGUUACUGAUCCUCAUUAUCAGUUUUCUGAUCCAUCAUACAGUAUUGUGAGUGUUUUUACACCCUGUGCUAUAAAUAUAUAUUAUGCUGAAGUGCUGGUUGCAUUAAUGUGAUCACUUUGUUUUCUGUUAACAUGUUCACACCUUUCACGCUUUUCUUCUCAACACCUGUUAGGCAGUAUUUGUGAUGUUGUUGACCAUCAGUGUGUUUUGAUUUCUCUCACUUUGAACAGAUCAUAUUUUAUUUUCUAGGGAGUUUUGUAAAUCAGCUGCAGGAGUCAGAAGGUAGGGAAUAUAAAAUAUAUAUAUUUUGCUUUUUUCCCUUUGUCAGUUUGCAGUGAUCAGAGGGAACAGAGGUGGGAGGAUUUGUCAUCUAUCUGAACAGCAAAUCUGCCGUCCUGGAUAGUUUUCUAUAUGAUAAGCAUCACCUUUUUGAUCCCAUCCAAUUAUGCAUGACGUUGUAUAUUUAAGACAUGUUUUUGUUGUUCCACAGUUGAAAAAAUGCUGAGGUGAUUCUUUUUUUUUUUUUAAUUAUGUGCCUGGCUGGGCUUUGUUGGUAGCUCUGCAUGCAUAAUUUAUCCUGACAUAUAGAGAUACUAUGAUAAAGGAGAGCACAAUGUGGAAGCUGACAGGGAGAUGAAUAAAGUAUUUUUUUUAGCUUUG